AUGUUAAAUAUUUUAAAUGAUGGGCUCCCUGAAUUUACUGCAACUUAUUUACAUAAUGGAUUACCAACAUGGAUACAUUUUUUUGAAUCGAUACAAGAUCAAAAGUUGGUUUUGGAUUCACUAGCUAUUGAAGGUUACAUUGGUGAAACCUCAUCAAAUUGUAUUGAGAUUUUAUCUGGCGCCAUCGACUUAUCAUUAUUAUGUAACUUACAGUUAAAAGUUAAAGAGUCAACACAUUCAGGUUCUAGCCAUGAUCAUUUUGAUUCAAACUUAUAUUUCAUUGAUUUGCUUACUCAGAAAACAACAGCAUUACAAAGUUUAGGUGUCAAUCCAUCAUACAAUUGUUUAUUAUGUCAACAAGAAUCAAUUUUAAAAGUAUUAACUGUCAAUUUAUCACAACAAUUAUCAAACUUAUCAGUUGUAUUUGAAUCAUCAAAUGUUAAAUAUUCUCAACAAAUUAAUGAUGCAAUUUGUAAUUCACAACAUAAGUUAGAAAGAUUAUUAAUUAAUGAUAAAUCAACAGAAGUAUUUGAUCGUGCAUUAUUAUUCAAAUGUAUAAAUUCAAAUCAAUCAUUAAUUAGUCUUUAUGAACAUGGGUUAUAUUAUGAACAAUUAAUUAUAGAUUUAUUAUUUAGAGAUGUUUGGUUAACUGAUUUUAUUAAAUUAGAUGAACAAUUUAUUAUAAAUGACCAAAUGAUUCAAUUUAUACAAAAAACAAAUGGGAAAGGUUUAGAUGAAUUCUUAUUGUAUUUUUUACAUUUUGCAUUUUCACCAGUUGUUGCAAGUAAUUUUAAAUUAAUUGGUAAAUUACCAAAAUUAAAAAAUUUGAAUGUUUUAGGUUUAAGUUUAUCUAUAAAUUAUCCAAAUGGUACAUUUAAUAAAAGUUUACAAGAGUUAUAUUAUGUUGCAAAUGGGAGGUAUAUUUCAUCCGGCUUGACUUAUAGGAAAUGA